AUGGCCGACUCCCCGCUCUCCACCCCCGGCACGCCCACUACUGCGUCGCCGCUGCCUUCAGACGCCGACUUUGCUCGCUCAUUUUCGCCCUCGCAGGACGAUGCGCAACUAAUGGGCUCCCAGCCAUCGCCAGAGGACGUGUGGACGAGUACGCCCGCGCCGGGUGCUGUGGGUGCGCCGCCCUUGACUGACCCGGCGCCAGCACAAAAGGGCAAGGCAAAGGCUUCAAAGGGCCCGCUGAAGCUGCUGGACCUGCCCGUGGAUAUUUUGAAAGAAAUCAUUCACCAGCUUCCGCAUACCAACGACUUGACGUCGCUAUGUCUCUGCCACUCGGCCCUUCACCGGCUGACCAUACCAUGCAUCUAUUCGCGCUUCGACAUUGUAUGGCCCGACGAAAGCACUCACAACGAGCCCCGUGCUGGCGUUGACGCUCUCACGUACGGUCUCGCGACGCUGGUCAUGGGCGAUGAUUGCUUCCCCCACCAGCACCGCCUGAGACUCCAGGGACAGGCGCCAGCUUCACUCCUGAGGACUGCCGCCAACCCAUACCCGGUCCCGCAGCGCCGAUUCGGAAACUACUACGGACAGUUUACAAAGAAGUUUUCGCUGGGCAAUGGGCCGCAGGCAUGGGUUCAAGAGUACAUGAUCACCAAGGAGGGCGGCAAGAUGCUGGGCACAUUGGUAGCGCUUGCCGUUGCGCGCAUGAUCAACCUCGAGACUUUUGUGUGGGACAUGCCAACUGGUGUGCUUCGCGACGUUUGGCUGGCACUGUCGAGUCUCGCACAUCGGAGUGACGGUGAAGAAUGCCGUCUUGAGCGGCUCUGGAUCCGAUGGCACGACAACACCAUCGAUGCGCCAGUUCCUCCGCCAGCGCCACCUAUGAUCCUCAACAAUCAGAACCUACCCCCGCCUCCCAACACUACACAUCCAAGCGGACUCGGUACCGUUCAACUGCCCAUUAUUCCAGUCCCACAAUACCCGCCUACAAGCCUGUCCGUGCUGGAACGAGUCGAACACCCCACCUUCUCCGUAAUCCCCGCUUUGAAAAGCCUGAGCGUCCUCGAUAUUGACGAACUGCCGUACCUCGAUGAGAUGAGCAUUCUGAUUGCACGAUCACAGAAGAAGCUUCGCGAACUCAGGAUUGGAAUCGCGGCGCAUGCUCAGCAUCGGGACUGGGUGACCGUGUGGGAAGGCGAAGGUCUGCAGCAGGUCGAUUACAGCACGACAUCAGCGGCAGCAUGCUCGAUAGGCGAAAAGAGAUUGGGCGGUGUGUUGGGUAUUCUCGUUGGACGUAUACACAAUAUGCGUCAUUCAGAAGAGCCGCCUUCCCAAAAACAGGGCGGUGCGGGGGUUACAGAGCGGUCAGUUGAAGCAACACCGACGAAAUCGGCUGUUUCACAGCCUUUGCCAUCUAUAGCCUCGCUCUCAUUGCAUGAACGCGAAGCCGACCAAGAUGUGGACCACUUUGGUAACCCGAUGGACGACUCGUCUAUAACCGAAGGAGUAAGUCUGUUCAACGAUGACCAACCCGCAGGUGCAGGACCGGCCCCGCAGCCGGCACAUCAAGACAAGCCAGCCUCCAAGGCUCACACAAGGCCUUCGCCCCAUAGGCAAAACACUAAUGCGCAAGACCCAUCUCAGGAUUCUGCUGAGCCCUUGUUGACUGGUCAGCUGAAGCUUGAGGUUUUGGAGCUGGAACGGGUCCCCCUCUCUGUCCCUGUGCUGCGCAGAGCCUUUGAUUGGUCCAUGCUAUCUACCCUGACUCUCCUGAACUGCAGCAAUCAUGAACAAUUGUGGAAGAUCUUGAGAAGAGCAUACACGCCUCGCUCUGCCUAUCCUGGCUCGCCAUCAUCGUCAAAAGCAUACAAGGCUUCGUACACUCUACGCUGUGAAUAUCAACUGAACCUGAAGCGGAUUCAUACCAACACAGUCUCACCAUCGCUCAUUUCUUUCCUAAAAGAAACCUUGGCACCCAACAGCCUCGAGGUCCUCUUCCUUCAGGAAGGCCGGUCGUACUCAUCUCCUGUAACAGUAGAUGCGAUAUACAAAGGACCUUUGAAGAGGCACCGAGCCAGUCUCAAAAAGUUGAUGAUUGACAGUGGGGAGAAGGGGCCUGAUGGGCACACAACGACGAGCUCCAGAUGGAGACGGUGGAUGUUGAACCGGGAAAUCCUUACCUUCAUAACCAGCGGUCGCAUGAAUAGCCUACGCGAAUUGGCAGUGUCCAUUGACUACAAAGAUUGGCAUCAUUUUCUCCAACGUCUUCCGUACAUUCCUCAUAUCCGCUCUUUGUACAUUCCAUUCAUAGCCGACCACGCUCAUGGAAGUAAUAUUGAUCCGCGUGAGCUCGCCUACCAGAUUCUGGACAUUGUGCACUUGCGACCGGAAAUCGAGCUGUGUUAUAUGGGCUUGUCCACGAAGUGCUUUGAGAUCCUGGAGAACCGGCCAUCGAACUAUGACUUGCGACAUGACGGUAUGCAUACUGAUGGUAGUGGCUCUGCAUACGCCACACACGACCCCAUGUUAUCUGAUGAUGAGAGUGAAGCCACCGAGGAUGACGACGACGACAGCAUGGAUGAAGGCGCAGUACCGCCUGGCGGCGACGAGACGGAGAGCGAUGUCAGCGACGAAGCGGAGGGUGAUAGCGAUGAUGAAUCCUUUAUACAGGACUCGCAGAAAGGUCCAAAGCUCAGGGUUAGAGAGAUUCUCUUCUAUGAGGAGCGAGUGGAGGCUUUCAGACGGCGACAUGGUGUGUUGAGGCCAUGA